UCCACUACCACUUACAAGUUCAUAUCCUUCGACUUUUCUUUUCCUUGUACAUUUGAUUUUCUAUUGCUCAAAGCAUUUUGAGCUGCAUCUCUCAUAGACAUGGCCCUUGCCACAUUCUUCUUUCCUAGUCAGUUGAUUGGAGUAGCAGCUUCAAGUCUCCAAAAGAGCUCUCUUUUCUCUUCUCACUUGCUUGGAGGAGUAGAUCUUCAACACCCAUUUCACCAUAAGCUCCCUAAGGGAAGAAAAAGGUCAUGUGUUUGUGCAUCCCUAUCAGAAAGUGGAGAAUAUCAUUCACAAAGACCGCCGACUCCACUCUUGGACACCAUCAACUAUCCCAUUCACAUGAAAAAUCUCUCUACGAAUGAGCUGAAACAGCUUGCGGAUGAGCUACGCUCGGAUGUAAUCUUCAAUGUUUCUAAGACGGGAGGCCACCUUGGUUCAAGCCUUGGUGUGGUUGAGCUAACAGUGGCCCUCCAUUAUGUCUUCAAUGCUCCACAAGAUAAGAUACUGUGGGAUGUUGGUCAUCAGGCUUACCCACAUAAAAUCCUGACGGGAAGAAGAGACAAGAUGUCGACGAUGAGACAGACAAAUGGAUUAUCCGGAUUCACCAAACGCUCCGAGAGUGAAUACGAUUGUUUUGGCACUGGUCAUAGUUCUACCAGUAUCUCAGCAGCCUUGGGGAUGGCGGUGGGGAGAGAUCUCAAGGGCCGGAAGAACUGUGUGGUUGCUGUGAUAGGUGAUGGUGCUAUGACUGCUGGGCAAGCAUACGAAGCCAUGAACAAUGCUGGGUAUCUUGAUUCGGACAUGAUCGUUAUCCUUAAUGACAACAAGCAAGUUUCCUUACCGACUGCAACUCUCGAUGGGCCUAUACCACCUGUUGGAGCUUUGAGCAGUGCUCUCAGUAGGCUGCAAUCUAGCAGGCCUCUCCGAGAACUAAGGGAAGUUGCCAAGGGAGUUACAAAACAGAUUGGCGGGACGAUGCAUGAACUAGCUGCAAAAGUCGACGAGUAUGCUCGUGGAAUGAUCAGUGGGUCUGGUUCAACCCUGUUUGAGGAGCUUGGCCUCUACUAUAUUGGCCCAGUCGAUGGCCACAACAUGGAUGAUCUCAUCACCAUUCUUAGAGAGGUAAAGAGCACCAACACAACAGGUCCCGUUCUCAUCCAUGUUGUGACUGAGAAAGGCCGGGGUUAUCCGUAUGCAGAAAGGGCUGCCGACAAGUAUCAUGGUGUUGUCAAGUUCGAUCCAGCAACUGGAAAGCAAUUCAAAAGCAGCACUCCAACUCAGUCCUACACCACCUAUUUUGCAGAGGCGUUGAUAGCUGAAGCGGAGCAGGAUAAAGACAUUGUUGCGAUCCAUGCAGCAAUGGGAGGAGGAACUGGCAUGAAUCUCUUUCUUCGCCGAUUUCCAACACGUUGCUUCGAUGUUGGGAUUGCGGAGCAGCAUGCAGUCACAUUUGCUGCCGGCCUAGCCUGUGAAGGUUUAAAGCCCUUCUGUGCUAUCUACUCAUCAUUCUUGCAGCGGGCAUAUGAUCAGGUGAUCCAUGAUGUCGAUCUACAGAAACUGCCGGUGAGGUUUGCUAUGGACAGAGCAGGAUUGGUAGGAGCUGAUGGACCCACGCAUUCUGGCUCAUUUGAUGUCACUUACAUGGCAUGCCUGCCAAACAUGGUGGUCAUGGCCCCUUCAGAUGAGGCAGAGCUUUUUCACAUGGUCGCCACUGCUGCAGCCAUCAACGAUCGGCCCAGCUGUUUCCGGUAUCCGAGAGGGAAUGGUAUUGGCGUUCUGCUGCCUCCAGGGAACAAGGGUAUCCCACUCGAGGUUGGAAAAGGUCGGAUUUUGAUUGAGGGGGAGAGAGUAGUGCUUUUGGGCUAUGGAACAGCAGUUCAAAGCUGCUUGGCUGCAGCUUCUCUAGUUAAACAGCAUGGUUUGCAGAUAACAGUUGCAGAUGCACGCUUCUGCAAACCGUUGGAUCAUGCUCUUGUUCGAGGUUUAGCUAAAUCACACGAGGUCCUGAUCACCGUUGAAGAAGGAUCAAUAGGAGGUUUUGGAUCUCAUGUUGCUCAGUUCAUGGCCCUCGACGGCCUUCUUGAUGGCUCUACAAAGUGGCGGCCAUUGGUUCUUCCGGAUAGGUACAUUGACCAUGGAUCAGCAGCCUAUCAGAUGGGCGAAGCCGGCUUGACACCAUCUCACAUCGCAGCGACUGUAUUCAAUGUCCUUGGACAAACCAGAGAGGCUCUUAAGAUCAUGUCAUAGAGGUGUAGAUAAGAAAGAAAAGGGGAAGCUUUUUCCUCCAAUGUAAAGAAAAUCAGAAUAAGACUUCCUCAACAGCUGAGGGAUCAUUUCUCA